AUGCCACCUAAAAAAAAAUAACAGCAGGAAGUAGUUGAAUUCACAGAAGCAGAAAAGAAGGCACUUGAGAAAUUAGAUCAUUCUAAUCUGUUAAUCGAUAUAUAGGUUCUGAAGGAUAGAAUUGAGGAGUUAUAGAAAAAGGUAUACGAUUUGAAUGAGACCAUAAGAACAAUAAAUGAAUAAAAUGUAAAGAAUUUAAGCGUAUAGUAAAGCUCGCUCUAACUCUCAAGAUGGAAUCAGAUAUCAACAGAAAAGAAAGUGAUUAUAAUGCUCUUUUACAGUAAUAUGACGACCUGA